UUUGGUAAAUAUUGAUUUUUCAGCGCUCCCAUAAGAUACAUCUGUUGAAGGUGAAGCGCUUACAUAUUUCCCCGAUUACAAAAGCACAAACCCAAGGAAAAUCAUCGAAAAAGAAAUCAAGGACACAUAUUACAGCUCCCAGUAUCCGGCGGCAGUAUUAGCAUCCCAGCAUCCACCAUAGGUCUCGCGGAGACAGCCGUCCUGGACAUAAUGGCUGCGAAUCUGCAACAGCAGCGCUCCAUCAACCUGCAGCUGCGCCGGGAGGUGGAGAUGGAGCGGAUGCCCGUCUCGGAGGCCUGCUCCCUGAUGAUGAAGUACAUGCUGGAGCACGAGGAAGAGGACUGCCUGCUCAGCGGCUUCACCCAGAAGGUGAAUCCGUUCCGGGAGAAGAGCUCCUGCAGCAUCCUGUAGGUUCGGCAAAAGUCCGGAUCCGUUCCUAACAGUAUUAUCCUAUAAAGUAUACUCAAUUACUGCGGAGAUCCCAGUACCGAUCCCGUAUAUGUCGUGUAACCUAUUUGCUGUAUUCGAUGUAAGUGUGCUGACCUCAAAUGAUGUCUAUAAACUGAAUAAUAUAUACAAUGGAACCGGGCGAACCGAGAAUAUUUAUGAACGUGUAAACAAAACUCAAACUUUAACGCCUGCAUAUGUGUGUAUACAUAAAUAUCGUGUAUUUUGCUAAUCCUGUAGCUCUUUAUUGGAGAACUUAGCAAACACCCUCUCUAUAUAGAUGUUUCCUAUUGAGAUAUUCCAGAAAUAAAGCUAUGUAGCCAGAGAUUUUCAUGUGAA